UGCGACCUUAUUCAUAAAACCCCAACAUGCCUUCCGAACACCACGCUCUGCUUGACGGAACAACACCCACAUCCAUACUACCGCCAUGAGCUCCUGGCUUGAACAGUACAGCUCUGCGCUGGACGCGCGUGAUGCGCGAGAGCAAAAGCACAGCGCCUACGUAGAUGCCUACACCAAGCUCGCAGACCGCACUGCAACACUAAGAUCCGAAUCAGCAACCACUCCUCCAGAGACCCUCCCUGCAACCCCUCUACCGAAAUCCGCGUGGCCAAGCACACCGAAGGGCAAAUCCUCACCUACUCCGCAUGAGCCAGUCACGGCAGAGAACCUAACUCGCAUGCGCGCCGAGCUUACAGCCGCCCAGAGUGGUCGCGCCGCUCUCGAAGCCCGCGUGAAGAGUUUAUCCUCCGAGCUCAGCACCAUCCGCACCCAGUCCUCCGCCCAAGCUGGGCAUAUCAGCCAGUUGGAGCAAACGAAACAUCAGCUGGAGCGAAGGGUCAAUGAUAGAGCGGAGGAGCUCAAGGGCAAGGGACGGCUGGUGGUGAAUGUCCAGGAUGAGAUGGUGGCACUCGAGCUGCAGCUCAACAUUACAGAGCAGAAAGUAGGGAGGCUCGAGAAAGAGAAUGCAGAGCUGACUAGGCGGUGGCUAGCGAAGAUGGAGCAAGAGGCGAGCGAUAUGAACAAGAGCCCGUUUAGCCGGUGAGAGUCGUGGUAAAGAGGGGUGUACACCAAGGCAUAUGGAGCUCGAAUAUGGCAUAUAAAACAGUACAUAAAGUGCUUUUGGCCGAGAAGAAGAUGCAUGAAGGACCCGUGGGGUAUUUGGGUAUCUUUGGGUCUGAUCAUCUUUGAUACCACUACCACAGCUUCGAAAAAUUGCCCCACAUCACUAGCACAUGAGUCUAUACUGCUUCCCACCACGGAAGGUCCAAUAUAACUUCUCCUGAAUUUAAGACUAGUAUGCCAAUGUCAAUAUCACUCUCAAAGUCCUUGUGUAGUCGCAGAU